AUGUUCGCUAAUGGUUUUGUUGUUAACUUUAGUUCUGUUACCCCUUUCUUUCCAAGUCGCCAUCAAAAUCGACCGGCCCAUCAUCAAUUUCCUUCGAUAAAUUCUCUUUUGAAGUUAAAAAAUCAAACUUUCCUCUCAAAAUCUCAAUUCAACCUCUCCACAAGCUACAAACCUCACUCCAAUUUUGUAGUUUUUGCAGCACAGUCCAAUUUUUCUAAAGUUCUGCAGAAUGUAUGGAGAGUUGGUAAGGAUGGAAUCGAUGCAGGCACAAAUCUUGUCCCGAAUUCUGUACCGAGACCGAUAGCAAGGAUUGCAGUAACUUUUGUGGCUUUGAGUGCUUUGGUUUUUGUAUUUAAGUCUAUCCUCUCCACAGUCUUCUUCAUAUUGGCUACCGUAGGACUUGCAUACUUUGCAUACCUAGCAUUCAAUAAAGAUCAAGGACCAUCUAGCGGGAACGGAGGAACUACAACAAAACCUAUGAAUGAUCCCGUGGAAGAAGCUCAAAGAAUAAUGGACAAAUAUAAGUAG